AUGGGUGCCACGUCCGCUUUGCUCCUCUGCGUCAUCGGCGUUGCAGCGUUGGGGAUGGACACGGUGAAUGCGUUCACCUCUCAAACGGACCUGAACGCUCUGUACAUCAUCAAGGACGAGGUGUACAAUCGGGACGAGCACUGGAGAGCCGUCGUGGACAAAUGGAGUGGGGGUGGCCCAAAUGGCGAAGAUGACCCUUGUGGUCUGGACUGGAGGGGAAAUUGGGAGGGAGUUGAGUGCAGGGGACAGGAUGGAAAGCCCUGGGAGGAGGAACGCUUUGUGACCAACAUUCACAUCACAGACAGUGCUGUUGGUGGACCCAUUCCUCUGGGCAUGAGUCUUCUGCACAACCUCAUUGAGUUUGAUAUGGAUGGGAAUCGCCUGACAGGCCCGCUCAUCCCUCAAAUCGCGUGCCUGCCAAAUGUGGGAGAACUGGACCUUGCCAACAACUCAAUCUGGGGCCCCAUUCCCACAGCGUGGAGAGGAUUGGAAAAACUGGAGGAAGCUGAGUUGGAGAAGAACCCAGAGCUCUCCGGUUGCAUCCCCCAAGGCAUGCCUCCUGUCACGACUGUCUGCCCCGAAGAAUUGCCGUAUUGUGAGCUUAUCGGCACGCUCACAGACCAGACCGCAGUGUGGGGCUUCUGCGAGGACUACCCAGAGGUUAACCUGUGGUGCCCGACUCCGGAAGAAGUAAAGGAGUUCAUUAACAAUGGAAACAACUACGAUUCACUUGUGGACCAGGCCUCCAUGUCAACAACCCCACAGCCUGUGGGAUUUACUGGGAACGCUGGCCCCAUAACUGCCGAUGCCACUACGUCGGAGGUUGCAGCGGCACCGCCACCCCGGGGUAUCAUUGGGAGGCUGUUCGACGGGGUAUUUGGAUAG